AUCCCCUCGCAGAGGACCCGGCUCGUGUGUGCUCAGCCUGCACGUUGGCUGCACCCGGCUCGCCUCGGUGGAGCGGGAGAGGGUGUUCCUGGAGUCUCUUCUGGCGCCCACGUGGUGGAGGGGAGAGAGAGACUUGAGAAUCGGUUGCAGAGUUGGGGGAGCACUUGUUGGAGGUGGAGCAGUUUCUCCCUGCACUGGUGGCGCCCCUGCCUCAGUUUCCGGGUUCUGAAGUUGCUCGUGGUGGCAUAUGACUUCUACACCCAACAUGAGUGACAUUUCCUGCAAAAAACGGGAUGACUAUCUGGAGUGGCCAGAGUAUUUCAUGGCGGUAGCCUUCUUGUCGGCGCAAAGAAGCAAGGACCCAAGUUCCCAGGUGGGAGCCUGCAUUGUCAAUACGGAAAACAAGAUCGUUGGCAUCGGGUACAAUGGAAUGCCAAAUGGGUGCAGCGAUGAUCUGUUGCCUUGGAGGAGAACAGCAGAGAAUAAGCUGGAUACUAAGUAUCCAUAUGUGUGCCAUGCCGAGCUGAACGCCAUCAUGAACAAGAAUUCGGCUGACGUCAAGGGCUGCAGUAUGUAUGUUGCCUUGUUCCCGUGUAAUGAAUGUGCUAAACUCAUCAUCCAGGCAGGUAUAAAAGAGGUUAUUUUCAUGUCGGAUAAAUACCACGACAGCGAGGAGACGACAGCCGCCAGGCUCCUGUUUAAAUUGGCUGGGGUUACGUUCAGAAAAUUCACACCGAAGUACAGCAAGAUUGUCAUUGACUUUGAUUCAAUUAAUAACAGACCGAGUCAGAAGCCUCAAUGAGUUUCGUCCCACUAAAGCCCCAGAAGAAGGUGACACCCCCCCACCCACCCACCACCCACACACACACGAGGGGCUUCCCCAGCCUUUCAUCUUGAAGUCCUAUGUAACUUUUUAAUAUCACAGCACACAGACAUCUAAAGAAUAUAGAACUUUGAAUCUUGUCUACUGCCAAGUGGAUCUGCAUCUGUUUCAGCUGUUGGUGUAGUUUGAUUUGGAAACUGAGGGACUGCCCACGGGAGCUGGAGUGAAGGUCUCUCCACUUCCUCGGAGCCUGUCUGCCUGGGAUGAGGAUGGUUGUACCGGAGAGUGUCAGCUCUGGCAUCCAACGAAUUUUGACAGCCACUCCUUGCUGCCACACGGGCUAGAAGGACAUACAAAUAAUUGCUUCUCGUUCUUAGCAGGGAUGAGCAGGCACACUGAUGUGAACAUCUGGCCCAAAUGAAGCAUACCCUGUCACGCCCUUGGAAAAACAAAUAGGACCAAACGAAGCUAUCAUGAACAUAUCUGCUGCAGAGUUAAGGGGACCUCUCACCUGGUCACAUGAGGUUGAGGAGGGUACGUGUCCUGGCAGAUGAUCAGUACAAUGUCCCCUCAGUUCGUACUUUCCUGCCUCACACAGAACAGUAGCACACUAUUCCUCUGGAGGGUAGGGGACCCCUGCCGUUGCAGCUUCUUAUCCUUGGGUUGUUGGCCACAUAGCACUGUUAAAUUUAUCCGAGGAAUAAGUAGUUCCUAGAGGAGACAGCUUAUCACUCCCCCUAGACCAGGCACUGUGCAGUGACAGCUGGAGCUGUAUGGAUGGGUGGUGUGGGACGUCCCCCAUCCCGUGUUUCCUGCUGUGUGGACACAUGUCACUCCUAUUCCACUCGCCAGGGUGGUUCAUUUCCAAGGGUGCCCUACAAUCAGGGAGUACAUUAAUUCCUGUCCUAUAAGAGGAUUGUGGGAAACUGGGUACCUGGAGGUGGUCCAUGCCAGCCCCGCUGGGAUGCCCCUCAUUUGUGCCUUCAGCCACACAGGCAGCAUCCUCCUGCUGCCCCAUUGUGGGGUGCCCCACUGUGUACUGUUUUUAAUUUCAUGUAACUUCUAGCAAACAUACUCAGUAUCUUUGAUAAAAUAGUUUCUUUAUCUUAAAGAUUGUUCCCAUUUGUAUGGUGCUUGUUUUUUUCAUGGGUUUUUAUUUCGUCUCUAAGGUUUGUUUGG